ACCGCCCGCGCGGCCCCCAAGACACCGUGGCGCCCACACCUGCCGGCUGCCGCCCGUCCGCCCUGCGCCGCCGCCUGUCCUCUCUCCGCCAGUACCACCCUCGCGCUCCCCUCGUCCUCUGAGCUUAGGAAGGCACCGCCCGUCCACCGCUAGUGCGCGACGGCCAGCACCGUAGCAAGCAGACGCACGGUCACGAGACAGACUACUGUUGGUAAGGAGCGGGCGGAAACUUCUGGCUUGAUGGAGGCAGAGCGCUGUUCGGAGCGUGCCGAGGGCGAUAUGAGCAAAGACAGUGUGAAGAGAGACAAGAAGAAAAGGAAAGAGGGGAAGAAGAAGAAAGAGGAAGAAGCUGAGACGAAAGGGCAGAAACAGACAUUUGAUGCCACGGCUGAAAAUUUAGUGGUGGAGAGAGGCGAGGUUGAGGGCAAACAAUCUAGCAAGUCAAGGAAGAGCAAACGCAAGCGUAGCGAUGCUGGCGAGGCUUCUGCUGGUGAUCAAGUUGUGACAAGAGAAGAUAAGAAGAGAAAGAAGAAGCAUACAGUUGUGCUGGAAAAGAGCAGCCAACCCAAAAAUACUAGUAAAGGUGAGCAUGGAGAGAUCAAGGAGAGGGUUAAGGAAAGCAAUGAAUCCAGUCCAAAAUUUAGCGAGAAUGCAUCUGCUGGGUACUACCAGGUCCACAAAAGUAAGAUAAUAAACACACAUAUUUGUCUUCACGCUCACUGA